AUGAAGUAUAACGACGUUGAGUGUGAUGUUAAACAGCAGAGCAAAGGACAGUUCACUAAUGAUAUUGUUAUACAACAUCACGAUAUGGUGGUUACGACUGCAGACUUACUGCUCAACAUUCACUGCAAAUACGAUCUCUCAAACAAAAGUAUCUCAAAUAAUGUGAAUCUCGCGGUCGACGGAGAAAAGGUAUGUUUCACUCAAAGGGUCGCCGCCUUAAAAGACGUCGACACAACGGGAAGUCAUUCAGAAACAGUGAGUUCGCCGAACGUAACGAUGAAAAUCACAGAUCUAUUCAGAAGUGAUAUCUCUUCGGCACAAGUCGGAGAUCCACUUCUCCUUAGGUUUUCAAUACUGGAAAAGUCGAGUCCGUACGAGAUAUUUGUGAGAGAAUUAAUAGCCAUCGAUGGGGCAGAUAUGUCAGAGAUUGUGCUAAUCGACAGCCUGGGCUGUCCUACCGAUGCCCUCAUUAUGGGUGCAAUGAAUAAAGUUGACGGAAGUGGACAGGUAUUGGAGGCCAAGUUCGAUGCGUUCAAGUUUCCCACUUCAGACGUGGUUCAGUUCAAAGCACUGGUCACUCCAUGUCUGUCCACUUGUGAGCCCAUUAAGUGUGAUGUGAGCGGACCCGACGGCCGCACGAGUGAAGUGCACUCAUAUGGCAGACGGAAAAGGGAUACAAACGAAGUGCUUGUCGUUCAGUCACUGAGUGUUAGUGAAAAGUUUGGGUUUCAGAGGAGUCAACGAAAAUUGGAUAUCAAUGAUGACUACGAUUCCUCUCAUAACUCAUCCAAAGUGGAGAGAGUCGUGGAAAUCGAUUCGUGUAGAAAUAUGCUGGGAAUCAGUCUUAUUAUGUUAUCAUUCAUUUUGGCCCAAACUAUACUCAUAAUCACAUUCGCCUGCCUUUGGACGGCCAACAAACGAGAGACCCGACUGUCCACUGGUCACGAGUGGCCACAAUCACAGCUCACGCCAACCGACAACUACAGCGCAAACCUCUCACACGAGUUCUUGUAUACGAGAAAACAAUUUUGA